AUGAAUGCGCAAGCUGCAGCGGGAGGUGUUUUAAGGGACAAGCAUGGGCGACUAAUAAGGGCAUUUUCCAUGAAGUUGGGAGAAGUCUCUAUAACGAGAGCGGAGCUGGAGGGUAUAGUGAAGGGCUUAAAGGUUGCAUGGGACGAGGGACUCGGGUGCUUAGUCGUCCAGACGGCCAUCAAGCUUAUCAGGGAAGCUGAGAACCGGCAUCCCCACUUCCUUUUGGUGCAGGAGGCUCGUCGUAUGUUGGCACUUGAUUGGCAGGUUCAGCUGAUUCACGUCUACAGAGAAGGCAAUUUCGUUGCCGAUUACCUGGCUUCGGCAGGACAUAAACUCCAGCAGGGGCUGCAUUUCGUUGAUGAGCCGGACCCAAUAUUGAAUUACUGGCUGUUGUACGAUUUGAUUGGGGUGGAAACGUCCCGUUUGGUUGUUAGUUAA